AUGACGCCCAGUCCUCCUGAUGAGGCGCUACACUUCCGCGGAAAGACACUGACUCCGGAAAGCCCGCGCCCACUGCAUAUCCCGGAGCCGGCCAAUAUCCCUGUCCUGGAGAAUCAAAUGGACCCCGUCUUUAACGACACUUCGACAUAUCAACGUUCAGAGUACCCCCAGGAAUCCGUGCAAACACAAGUUCAAGAUGGAUGGUCGAGGAUCGCGCAGGAUGGCCAGGAUCUAGGCUUCGGGCUGCGCAGGGACCCAGGUAGCUUGCAGGCUGCGCAGCCCAUGGGACAGCCCGUGAUGAAUGAUAUGCCUGCUUUGACAGCGCACUUUUAUCCUUCCACUACCGCAGGGACCCAGCAGCAGGUGGGCAAUAUGAACAUGAAUAUGCACAUGAACCCCAACUUCGCGUUUGCAGCUCCCAGUCACUCCCAUGCGCCUCCGGUUGUUCCGGCUUCCCAAGGUUUUGGCCCGGCUAGCGACAUAGACAAUGCCGGUCAGUCGGCUUCGUCCUUGAAGUCCGAUCACAUAGAUGAUGGAAAGGAGAACAUGGGAUCGGGUGCUGCUGGGGUCAACUUCCAGACGCUACUCGACAACCUCUCUCAUCCCUCUGCCUCUGCAACUGCCACCGCCAACGCUACCGGGGUUGCCCCAAAUCUAGCGGAGGGCUCGUCCUUCCCUCAAGCCCCCACGGACGAGUCUCUUCAUCCUGGUAUACCCUCCACAUUGGAUACUCAGUCUGUGGACCUCCCCGCCCGCCCUUCUCUCCAAGACCCCUCCCUCCCCCAAGUGUACGGCCCAAGCGAUGAGAAUGCCCAUCAUCAUCAAGCCCCUACCGCCCCCAACGCUGCUCCCUCCGCCUAUGCAGCCCACUCCAGUAACAAUGCCCAUCCGAUCGAUCCCCCAUCCAUGCCCUCGGUCGCUCCCGGUACCGAGUCUGGUGUUGGAGAUCUCCCACCGCCACCCAUGGCGAGUUUCCAACAGCAAGGACCUGCGUCAGUCCCAGAGUCACAGGGUUCUCAAGAGGAGAGCACUACUACAGCAUUCAAGAGAGGCCGCCUUGAUAAGCUGAUAACGCGCGGGGGCAAACCAUUGAGUGAUGAAGAUCAACCAUGGGGCCCAGAAGUGCAAAAGAAGUAUGACGAGUUCCUACACGACGAGCGUAUGUAUGUGACCGAAGGUCUCUGGGACCGGUUCCCUGUUGGGUCGAGGCUGUUUGUCGGCAACCUUCCCACCGAACGAGUAACAAAGCGAGACAUGUUCCAUAUCUUCCACAACUACGGCAAAUUGGCCCAAAUCUCGAUCAAGCAGGCUUAUGGCUUUAUCCAAUUUUUGGAAGCUGGCGCAUGUCAUGCAGCACUACAGACUGAGCAGGGGGCCUUGAUUCGAGGUAGAAAGAUACACCUUGAAAUCUCGAAGCCACAGAGAUCAACUGCUCGACCUGGUCCCGCAGAGGCAUCUCGCGCACCCCCGCCUCGUCGUUCCAGGUCGCCCGAAUUCAGCCGUACUACUGCUGCCCGCAGUGCUGUUCGUACUCCAGGCGACCGUUAUGAUCGACCCCACGAGUCCAGCCGGCUCCCAUUCAGUGACUUCCGUGAUGAACCCUCUCACCGCAGGCGUGAUGACUAUCGCCCUCCCCGGUCCCCUUCACCUCGCCCUUUCCGGGCUCGGGAUGGCUACCGAUCGCGAGAUAGGACACCGGAGCGAUUUGACCGUCGUGAGCGCAGACGAUCUCGAUCACCCCGCUCUCCUCGCUCCCCCUAUGCGCGCGAUCGGCGGUACCGAAGCCCUAGCCCGAGACCCCGAGGUAAUUACGAAGGGGAAGCAGACCUCCCAGUACCUCGUCGAGCACCUCGGGACGUGCCAGAGGUGCAAAUUCUUGUGCUGGAAGAGGUCGACCGCAACUUCAUUCUCCACGUGGAGAACGCCUUUCGCAACCGUGGCCUGCGGGUAGAUGUGUUGGUGCUUGGCCCUCGCAUCCCUCUAGGCGCAGCCGUCCACCGCCAAUAUGUCGAAGGUGUUCUUGCAGUUGUCAGGCUGUCGCGCCCCAAUCAAUUCUCCCGCAAGAUUCCACUGCAAAUGUUUGAUCGAAGCGCGGGCCCUGACAAUGUCCGCUUCACUGACUACCCUGAGCUUGACCCCAAUAUCGCUGCGGAGGUGAUGUUCCAUCAAGCCCAGGCUAUGCAACGUGGACCGACCACCACUUUCGCGCCCAACCCUGCCUUCAGUCUCGCCCAGAUGCAAUCCUUGUCAAUUCCGCAGCCAACCAUGCCAACAAUGCCAACAAUGCCAACCAUGCCAACUCUCUCGAAUCCUCCCAACAUCGCAAACCUCAUCAGUACUCUUGAUGGGCCUGCUCUCCAAUCUCUCCUAUCAGCUCUCCAACAGCGUCCUGGUGCCUCCUCACAGCCAGUCUCGGCCACACAGUCACCUUUCGCCUCUCCCAAUCCUCCACAACCAGCCGACCUGGCCAGUCUGUUGAGCAGUGCGACCCGGGCUCCUCCUAUGCCGUCUCUUCACCCUCAGCAACCUCUUCUCCACCCACCAUAUAAUCUUCAACCUCCAAACGCCCCCAUGGUCACUGACCCAAAUCUGCUCUCGCUCUUGGCCAAAGGCCUUGGGGCUCAGCAGCCACAGGCACAAGGCCCAGUUGGUUCUAAUAUGCAAAACUUUAUGAACCAUCUGACCAAGUGGAAGCAAUGA